GCGGGGUGAGUUAGGACUGAGGAACUGGAACUGGACUCGAACAUAGUAACUUGAAUCCAUCGCAAUUUCAUCAUUUGCGUGCGAGCGACCUUCAGCUCAACCUCCCCUUCUCUCGCCAGGCACACCCCUCACGCAGGACAUAAGCCACGCCACUACUGAUUCACACAACCACAUCAUUUCUUGUUCAUGCUUUUAUUUUACCAAUAAUUACUUAUAGUCGCCAGGUUGCGGAAUACAAACAAAUUCAAUUCUGCAACGAGGGGAGGAAGGACGCGGUGUAAUUUACACUUGUCAAAGUACAAAAAUCAGCUGUAGUUAAGUAGAUCAUGUCGGAUUUACAACUGUCCAGCUCGGACUCUGGUUUCUUGUUACGUGAGCUCUGGUCACGAAUCUAGACGUAGUUGUGAACAAUGUCGGCAUACAUUCGUUCUUUUUCGAUGAUGGAUGGACAGUCUUCGAACCAACGUCGGGGAGCUGGGGAUGCUCCUUCCCUGCUUGCGCCUAAAUCGUCAGCCUUCACUGAUUCUGAUGUGUCACCUCUGCAGAUUUUCGUACAAGCAAAAAAGAGGAUCAACGAUAUUUUUCAACAAAUCGAAGGUUAUAUCAAGGAAACUUCAGACUUUGUACAAGACAAAGUCUCGGAACAGAACCUGAUUUCGAAAGAAGAAAAUGUGACUGUCAUGGAGUACUUGAAGAAAAUAUACGGAAUUCGGGAAGUGUUAAAAAGGGAUCACAUGAAGGUGGUAUUUUUUGGAAGAACAAGUAAUGGAAAAUCUACAGUUAUUAAUGCAAUGUUGCGUGAAAAAAUUCUUCCUAGUGGAAUUGGCCACACGACAAGUUGUUUCUUACAAGUUGAAGGUGGUGAACCUGCUGAAGAGGCUUAUUUGAUUGCGGAAGGUUCAUCAGAAAGGCAAAAUGUUCAAUCCGUAGCACAAUUGGCUCAUGCGCUAUGCAAAACAAAAUUGACAGAAUCAUCCCUAGUCAAAAUAUACUGGCCAAAAGACAAGUGUCCCUUAUUGCGAGACGAUGUCGUGUUUGUGGAUUCUCCAGGAAUCGACGUGUCUCCAAAUUUGGAUGAGUGGAUUGAUAAAUAUUGCCUUGAUGCCGAUGUCUUCGUUCUAGUCUCUAAUGCAGAAUCUACUUUGAUGUUAACUGAGAAAAACUUUUUUCACAAGGUGUCGAACCAAAUUUCGAAACCAAAUAUUUUCAUUUUGAACAAUAGAUGGGAUGCUGCAGCAUCAGAAAUGGAUUUUAUGAAUGAGCCAAUUGAUGCCAGCGAGGUUCGUGCCCAGCAUAUGGAAAGGGCAUCCGAUUUUCUGGUCAACGAAUUAAAAGUUGUGACACCCAAUCAAGUUUCGGAAAGAAUAUUCUUCAUCUCUGCGAAAGAGGUUUUACAAGCCAGGCAACAGGAACUGAAAGGAUUUGCUUUACAAUCCGGUGCCAUUGCUGAAGGGUUUUCCAUCAGAUACAUGGAGUUUCAAGAUUUUGAGCGAAAAUUCGAAGAGAUUAUUUCUAAGUCUGCUGUUCAAACUAAAUUUGAACAACAUUCACAUCGUGGCCAGCAUAUUGUGUCAGAUACAAAGGAUGUUAUGAGUCAUGUGCUUAAUGCAUCACAAACGAGGAGGUCAGAAAGAAUGACGAUGAGAAAAGAACUCUGGGAUAAGCUCGACUUCACGGAUAAACAGUUGCAGCUAUUGACACACGAAAUGAAAGACAAGAUACGUCAAAUGGUGGAAGACGUAGAGUGCAAAGUAAGCAAAGCGUUGAGUGAAGAAAUUCGCAGGAUAGGAGUUCUUGUGGAUGAAUUUCCUAACCAAUUUCACGGGGAUCCUAUGGUCCUUAAUGUCUAUAAAAAAGAAUUGCACAGUUAUUGUGAGAAAGGACUUGGGCAGAAUCUUACGGCGAGAUUAAAUUCAGCAUUGGUUAUGAACAUGGAGAAUAGUCAAAAAGAAAUGACGGAGAGGAUGUCGGCACUAAUCCCUGGUGAAAAACAAGCAUUGUCACUUGCAUUUCUCCAAUCGAACAAGCGUGAACCAUUUGAAGUUCGUUAUCGUCUCAAUUGUGAUAAUUUGUGUGGGGAUUUCCGUGAAGACAUUUCUUUCAAGUUCAGUUUUGGGAUUAAAGCCAUCCUGAAGCGAGUUAUGAAUCGUAACCAAUACGGUUUUCUUGGGGGUUCUGGCUCGUGCUCAAAUGCCGUUCAGGGUGGUCCACGUGGUUUGCCCCCUCUUCCAAACCAGUCGAUAACACCUAUGACUCCAACGAAUGGUGAUGGCCCGAAUUUCUUUGCCAAUCCAGACGAUUGGGCUGUAGCUUCAAGGUUCGCUUUGGCCGCAGUUACGAGUCAAGGAACUAUGGGGGGACUUCUUGUUGCAGGAUUUCUUUUGAAGACGGUUGGCUGGAGGGUAAUUGUCGUGACUGGAGUGGUAUACGGCGGGCUGUAUAUGUAUGAAAGACUUACCUGGACAAAUAAAGCAAAGGAGAGGGAGUUCAAGAGGCAGUAUGUGGAGCAUGCCACUCAAAAGCUUCGUUUAAUUGUUGACUUAACGUCGGCCAACUGCAGCCAUCAGGUUCAGCAAGAGCUGUCUCAAACAUUUGCUCGCUUAUGUCAUUUGGUGGACGCUACAACUUCUGAGAUGGAACAGGAAAUGAAGCAAUUGGACCAGGAAAUCUCAACCCUGGAAGAACUUUCUGGCGCAUCAAAAGUUUUAAAAAACAAAGCUAACUAUCUAAUCAGCCAGUUGAACUUGUUUGAUAAAGACUACCUCGCUGAUACAUCAUGAUAUAUUUAUCGUAAAAGUAGUUAUUCUAUAAUGAACAGCACACUGUUAUCCGUAUAAUUAAUAUAUAUUAAUCCCCACUAAUUAAUCCCAUAUUAUUAUGAGCCUUCACCGUCGUCGUCUGAAAGUCCAAUCCUAGCAGUGUGUUUUAUCUUAAUAGACGACUGUAGUGCAAGAUAAGUGCCCAUUUGAAUUCACCCCUUGUUAUCUAGUGUUAAUCAUAUAUAAUGUGUCAAUUAAUAAAUAACAUUCACAAACAAUUGCAAUAAUAUUGUUACAGUA